AUGUCGGCGUUUGCCACCGAGCUGCGGCUUCAGCAGUUGGAGGCCCGCCUGGGUCAGGUGGAGGAGGCGUUGAGAUCCAUUGCGCCGGCGAAGGGCGGCGGUGAAGACGACCCACUCCGACGCCUCCAGAGCCUUCAAAAGAACCUGGAGGAUGGCUACAGCGUCUCCUCCAGUGAGCUGAUCCAGACGCAGUCGGAACGCUUCGAGGAGGCUCUCUUCACAUCAGAAGGAGAUGAGAUACGCGAUGGAAUUACGACCAAAGGGCCCUGCUACGAGCUUCAGCACUCUGUUUGGGAUGCCUGUCUGUUUAUCGGACUACCAACUUUGAGCAAGUGUGACUCCGUGCUGGCUGGGCUUCUGCUGCUGCUGAACAUGAUCACUCAGAUCGGCUUCGUCGUGGUGGUCUGUCACCGCAUGCUGGAGGAUAUCCUACAGCCAGAUCAGCUAUCAGAGCUCCUCCGAUUCCGAACGAACGUGGCCCACGAUGUCAAAUAUGCCGAUCUCAGUGGAGGUCGUUCCAUGGCAAGGCAAGUCUGCAGCGAGGAUGAUUCCCUUCAGUGGGCGAACAUGCAGACAGGUGUGAUCGCGGAUCUGAAUGACUACAUCUCCAUCGGGCCUAUCUUGGCGCUGCUGGCUAUCGGCUGCUGGCUUUCCACGACACUUCGGGAGUUGUUCAACAUCACAGGCUUCGUCAGCGCCAUCCACAGAUACCCAUCAGGCGAGAUCACCGUGAUAGCACCCGGCGAGGACGGCGACAGCGGGAGCGUGGUCAUCACGCAGAUGUCAACAUUUCGGAAGUUCAUGCUCUUCAUCUUCGUCGCGGUGCCUCGCCUGGUGGUGGCUGUGUCCCUCGCGCUCACAGGCACAAAAUACCUUGCGAACACCCUGAGCCUUUCAGACUUGAUCCUCAAUGCGGUGGCCCUGGCCUUCAUCCUGGACCUAGAUGAGUUGGUGGAGUCGGCCUUUAUGCCAAGAAGGGCGCGGUUCCUGCUGGACGCCCUGGGGACACUGCCCAUCGCUCGCUUGGAUGUCCCAGGUAUAGGCCGCUUGCGCGGGGGCUUCCAGGAGCGGGGGAAGAAUCUGCUGAAACUUGCCCUUCUCCUUGUGGGUCUCUCAUUGGCGUGGAUGUGUUUGCUCCAGCCACUGUACGACCGGGUGCAGCUGGCGCACAACAUUCUCUGCAGUGGUAGGCAAGACUUCAUCUACACCGUCAACGCAGCGACUGGCCUCGUCGAGGCUACAACUACAUUCUCGGAGAGCGUUCCCUUGACUGCCAACCAGAAAAGUGUGCUGAGACUGGCAGAUUUGGAUUUGUUUUCCAUUCCAGACUGGUACGAGCAACAAGCGAUUGAAAAGUUCCAGAAGGACGGGGAACCAGCUAUCCUUCACACAGCCGACGAUAGCGAGGAGGCCAACAUGAAGUUGCUCUUCCAGCUUUUGAUGUUGGAUAAAAGUGAUGUCGAGAAAGCGGCGGCGCGUCUCCCAUGCGCAGAUGACGCAUUUCCGGCUGGUCUUGUCGGGGAUCGCUUGAGGGACAUGACGAACAACACUGUGAGCAGCUGUGCGGAACUGGCAGAGAAGCCGGAACUGUGCGCAGGCAUGAACAUGAACCCUCUGCGGUCUCUCUGCCCGCAAUCUUGUGGUUGUGAUGACCCUAUCACUUCCGCAGCUGCGGCAUUCGCGACUGUUUAUUUUGGCUGUCCUAAGAUGUGCAUGCCACAGAGGGCGAGUUCCAUAAAGCUAAAAUAUGCGCCUUGUACGGACAUGACUCCAGCGCAAAUGGCUUCGAGCAGCUAUAUGAAGCGCUAUUUUCAUGGCCUCUAUCAGGUGAAGCUCGGGAAUGAAGAGAUCGGGAAUGCCAGCACGAACGAGUACAUGAUGAAUUUGAAUAACAGCUAUUACAACCUUCUGCCGGGCCCGAACAAAACGGAGUCGCUGAAGGAAGCCGGGGAGUUCUACAGAAGUGGUGGCUGGCAUCGUGCCAUGGCAGCUGCAAACUUUAUCCUAGGCCCUGGUAUCCCACAUCCACGUGGGCUUACGGGCUGUGCUUUCUUGGAUUCCGAAGAAGUGAAACAACUAGCAGGUGGCGACUUAUGCUUCCCGCGGACGGAUGGAGAUCCGGUCGUGUCUCUUCGCGUUCAAUGUCCGGUGACCUGUGGCUGCAAAGCAGAGGAACGCGAAUGCCCGGGCACUUGCCCAACAGACUAG